CGGCCUCCCGUACCGCCUGCCGGGAUUGGCUACUCUCUAUUUGUUCCCUUUUGCUGCCUGGUCAGAGGUCCUGCAGGGAGGGAGAGCUGGCCGGGGCUUCGGCUGGGGCUGGACUUUGGUGGUCGGUCGCACUCCUGCAUUCCCGGAGCCGUCGGCAGAGUCCAGUUGCAGCAUGGCUAGUGGUCCUGGAAGCGCACGCCCAGGACAGCGGCCGGCAGGGGGGAAAUCUCCCCGGAAGAGGCCCUGGAGCGUGGUGGCCUGGCAGAGCAAGGCGGAGUGGGACCAAGUGAUGGUGGGGCUGUACUGCGGCGACUGCCAGCUGCAAUGCGAUGCGCUGGACCGGGUGUCCGUUUGGAAGAGCAGGUAUGGCCACAGAAUGCCUUUGGCUGUGGAGUGCACGGCAGAUCUUGUUCGAUGCAAAAUCCUGGACGCCUCUGACGAUAUGAAAUCCCAUGAGUUGGUUCUUAUGUAUGGUCUGGCUCUUGUAAGGUUUACAAAUCUCAUCACGGAGCGAAAGCAGAAGAAAUUCAAUAUUUCACUGAGGUGGCUUGCUAAAGAGCUGGACAUCCCUGUUUGGAUUGUAGACCUCCGACAUGAAUUGACCCACGGCAAACUUCCCCCACUAGCUACUUGCCGUAAAGGCUGCGAUGUUGUGCUAGAAUGGCUCCGGCGCUCUUACUGGAGCCGGCAGUUGAGUAAUGGCCUGGCAGGUGAGCGUGAAGAGGAAGAGGAUGAUGAGCUGUCCAACAGCGAGAGCGGGACCGACAGCAGCCAAGAGGAGCCCGAAAAGUCAUCGCCGUCGCCAAUCUCCCGGAAGCACCUGGAGCUCCUGGAGAAAGUCACAGAUGUCCUGAUUUCCUAUAAAAAUCACCAGUUGAAGGCUCUCCAGCAGCUGCAAGAUGUCCAACAGGCCUGCCGAGUGUGGUGUAGCUCUUCCUCAGAGGUGGAAUGGGUGGUGGCUCAGCUGAAAGACUUGCUUCAGGAGAACAGGAACAUCGUGGCCAGAGCUUUGCUUGACGAUGGCUUUCUCAUCCCAUCGGCAGAUGAGCUGCAGACGUUGAAAAUCAAUGAGCAAGACACCAGCGAGUGGGACUUGAGCCUUCCUCGGCCCUUUCUCCGUUUCUGGCAGCCUCUACUGAAGGGCCUGCAUUCCAGAGACUUCACCCAGGCGCUGCUGGAGAAAAUGUUUGCGGAGCUGCAGAAGAAGCCCGCUUAUAGCCAGGCGGCGCUCCGUUCCCAGUACCUCAUCACCUGGAUAGCCAAAAUUCUCAAGGCCAACAUGCAAGCCAAAAAAAAGAAAAAGAAGAGUCCCCUGGCAUUGUUUUCCCGACACGUCUCCUUGCAGUGGUUGAAGCUUCUUGAAGACUGCCUGGAAGCCACCUGCUGGGCGAGUCCUCACCUGUUGCACCUAAUUCUGUCCGGCAUGGACCCCCCUUUGCCCCCUGACUCUCAAGAGAAGCUGCUUUAUCUCACUUCGAUCUACACCCAAGACGUUGCUUCUUUUGCCAGCCCGGGCUCAGCCACGGAGCUUCACAAGCAGCCCAUCUAUACGGUGGAGAGCCUACAGUGGAAAAUGAAGCACAGCGGCUUGGCCCGAGGCCUUGGCAAGAGAGCAAGGAGGGAAGAGACGCCACUGGGGGAGGAGGAAGAGGAGGAAGGAGAAAAGGGGGACGAGGAAGCCGAUGACAACGAGGAUGAAGAGCAGAUGGACGCUCAGCCUGCAGCCAGAGAUGAACCUUCCCUUGUGGAGAGUCCGGUGGCUUUGGCAGAGAAAAGGAUGGCCCUCCAGGGGUCCGUCUGGCAGGUCAGCUCAGACGGGGUGGAAUGGAAGAGUUUUCCUUUGGGAAGGCUGCCUGGCCAGACGGAUGACCCCGAUACCCUCCUGGUAGACAACUACUCUAUGAUGUCGGCGCUUGAUCAGGUGGUGAACAGAGACCGGAAAAUCUCCCCAAUUGCUACCACGUUGGAGUGGAGCAGCUCUGGUGCUGAGGGGCUGCUCUGGACCCAGAGCGAGCUCCAUAAAUUGAAAAGUGGCCUUCAGCUUUUCUGACCAGUGGAUUUUCUCUGCUCAGAGGAAUUUGUGGUGUGGAAAGUACUAUCUUGCGGUAAAAGGAAAACGGAGGAGGAUGCCUGCCCUUCUAAAGUAUCAUUGCAGCAUAAGGGAGUUGAAGUCAACGAUAUUUUACCUCCUGUACAUUUAAUGAGGGAGGGAAGAAUGUGUAGAGCCCAUGCUAACAGCUUAACACAUACACUGUUUAAGCUUAUUUUAAUAAAACGUCCUUUCAUAUUC